CAGUAGCAGCAGCAGCAGCAGUAGAGCCAAGGAGGAGUGCUCACCCAACCCAGAGCUGCAUCCAGCCUUCGGGUCUCUGAAGACUCCAGUUUGUAGAGGAGAAUCGCCCCAACGGCUCGCAGGCACUAGAACGUCACAAACUUUAGGGGACAGACUUCGUGGCCAGAAACCUGGGAUGAAGAUGUCCCUGUCCUCAGGAAGCUGGAGGUAGAUUGGUUCCCCACAGGCUCUGGGGGAUACCACUGCCUGGUCCCCACCAUGAGGGGUCUGCCCAUACUGCCUUGCCACUGGGUCUGGCUGCUCUGGUCCUUCUGCAGCUUUCAGGUGUGUGGCACCCAGCCCAGAGCCCAGGAACAUCCAGGGUUUGCGGUCUUGGCUUCUGCUUCUCAUUACUGGCCACUGGAAAAUGUGGAUGGGAUCCUUGAGCUUCAGGACACAACUGGAGCGUCGCGAACCCACAACCUCACUGUGCCUCCCUCCCACAAUGCUACCUUUGUCUUUACCAAUGAUUCCGCCUACUCCAACUUCUCUGCGACUGUAGAUAUCAUGGAAGGGAAGGUCAAUAAAGGGAUUUACCUCAAGGAGGAGAAGGGUGUGACAUUCCUCUACUAUGGCAGCUACAAGUCAUCCUGUAUCAGCAACCCGGCCCAGUGUGGACCUGAGGGAGUGACGUUUUCAUUCUUCUGGAAGACUCAAGGGGAACAGCCUCGACCAGCCCCCUACGCUUAUGGGGGACAGGUCAUCUCUGAUGGUUUUAAAGUCUGCUCUAGCGGUGGAAAGGGCUCCGUGGAGCUGUACACACGGGAUAAUUCGAUGACAUGGAAGGCCACCUUCAACCCUCCAGGUCCUUACUGGACUCAUGUCCUGUUCACAUGGAAGUCCAAGGAGGGCCUAAAAGUCUAUGUCAACGGGACUCUGAGCACGUCAGACCCGAGCGGGAAAGUGUCUCACACCUAUGGGGAUCCCCAUGCCAACCUGGUCAUAGGGUCUGAGCAGGACCAGACCAAGCGUUAUGAGAGCGGAGCUUUCGAUGAGUUCAUCAUCUGGGAACGUGCACUCACUCCCGAUGAGAUCAAGAUGUACUUCACAGCUGCCAUAGGUAAACACUCUCUUCUGUCGUCCUCAGCACCACCCGCUAUGCCUACAGCACAUUCCGUGAUGCCCACAGAUGCCUAUCACCCAAUCAUCACCAACCUAACAGAGGAGAGGAAAUGCUUCCAGAGACCUGGGACCGUGCUUCGUUACCUUCAAAAUAUGUCCCUCAGCCUGCCCAAUAAAUCCCUCUCAGAGGAAACUGCGCUGAACCUCACACAGACUUUCUUAAGAACUGUGGGUGAGGUGCUUCUACUUCCCAGCUGGACCCACGUAUCAGAGGACAACACCAUGACGCUGGGGCUGGUGAACACCAUCGAUACCGUAAUGGGUCACAUAUCAUCCAACCUGCAAUCCAGAGAACCCCAUGUCACCCUCAUAGGCUCUUCCUCCAUGGCAGAUUUCUCCGUGGCCAAGGUCCUUCCCCCAGCACUGAGUGUCCCUCACUAUAGGUUCCCAGCCCACGGGCACAGCUACAUUGAGAUUCCAAGAGAGGCCCUUCACAGCAAAGCCUGGACCACGAUUGUCGGCCUUCUCUACCACUCCAUGCACUAUUACCUGAACAACAUCCCCCCAGCCAGCACAAAGAUUACUGAGGCUGUGAACUGCAGAGAUUGCCUGCUUUCUGUCGCCAGCCGCCUGAUCUCCCUGGAGGUGUCCCCACCACCCACUCUGUCCCAGAACCUAUCGGGCUCUCCUCUGAUCACCGUCCAUCUCAGGCACAAACUGACUCAUAAGCAGUAUGUCGAUGCCACCAAUGAGAGCAACCGCCUCUUCCUGUAUUGCGCCUUCCUUAACUUCAGCACCGGAGAAGGCAUCUGGUCAAGCCAGGGCUGUGCGCUCACAGAGGGAAACCUCACCCAUUCAGUGUGUCGCUGCACACAUCUUACCAACUUUGCCAUCCUCAUGCAAGUGGUCCCACUCCAGCUCACACAUGGACACCAGGUGGCGCUGUCGUCCAUCAGUUAUGUUGGCUGCUCUCUGUCAGUUCUCUGCCUGGCUGCCACGCUGGUCACCUUCGCAGUACUGUCUUCUGUAAGCACCAUUCGGAACCAGCGUUACCACAUCCAUGCCAACCUGUCCUUCGCUGUCCUGGUGGCCCAGGUUCUGCUGCUCAUCAGCUUCCGUGUGGAGCCCGGCACGGUCCCGUGCCAGGUGCUGGCCAUCCUCCUGCACUACUUCUUCCUGAGUGCCUUUGCUUGGAUGCUGGUGGAGGGACUGCAUCUCUACAGCAUGGUGAUAAAGGUCUUCGGGUCGGAGGACAGCAAGCAUCUCUACUACUAUGGGAUAGGCUGGGGGUGCCCUCUCCUUAUCUGCAUCAUCUCCAUAUCAUCCUCUAUGGACAGUUAUGGGACAAGUGACAGCUGCUGGCUGUCUCUGGGGAGUGGCGCCAUUUGGGCCUUUGUGGGCCCUGCCCUGCUGGUCAUUGUGGUCAACAUUGUUAUUCUGGUAGCGGUGACGAGGGUCAUUUCCCAUGUCAGCACCGACAACUACAAGAUACACGGGGACCCCAGUGCCUUCAAGUUGACAGCCAAGGCUGUUGCUGUGUUGCUACCCAUCCUGGGAACCUCAUGGGUGUUUGGGGUGCUUGCUGUCAGUGACCGGGCCCUGGUCUUCCAAUACAUGUUUGCUGUACUCAACUCCUUACAGGGCCUCUUCAUCUUCCUCUUUCACUGUCUCCUAAACUCAGAGGUGAGAGCAGCCUUCAAGCACAAGACCAAGGUCUGGUCCCUUACGAGCAGUUCGGCCCGAACCACAAACACCAAACCCUUCAGUUCCGAUAUCGUCAACGGGACCAGGCCAGGCACGGUACCUACAAAGUUAAGCCCGUGGGACAAGAGCAGCCAUUCUGCCCACCGUGUGGACCUAUCUGCUGUGUGAUCAGGGUGGCUGCCACUCCAAACAAGUGCCUACCCCAAAGCAGAGAAAAAAUGCAUACCCUGUCUCCAUCAUGGGUCCCUCUCCUUGCUGCCUUGGCCUGGGAUCACAGCCCUGACCUAUGCCUGUGCAGAGUGUCCUGCCUAGCACUGCAAGUCGACUCAGGGUGGUGUGCCCAGCAAUGAUUCAGCCCUUCUUCCCUGAUGUGGUAGGCACUUCUAUUCUCUGUGGACACCAGAAUGCAAGGUAGCCCGUGGUGACACUGAGUGCGAACCGUACCAGCAAGGCUGUGGUAAAUGAGAUGUAAAGUUGCAGCUACAAGAGGGCGUGGCCACAGCCUUGAUGGAGACUCGGCAUCCUGAGGGGUACUUAAGAUCCUCUGUGUCUCCAGAAUGUCAACAGAGGUAGCAGUGAUGCCAGCACCAUCUUCAAAUAAGGGGACACUAAUUGGGCCACCUCCCACCCUGGCUGUACACCGGUUCUGGGGUCUCUGCCUUUGCCUGUCUGGAGUCACCCACUCUCCUGUGUAUGGAGCCUUGUGAAGACAGCCUACCGGAGCCACUGCAUAGGAAAUGAUUCAGCCUAUUCCUUGCAAGCUGUGCCUCACUGGAUCUAAAGUCAGCCUUUGAAUGCCUUUUUCAAAAAUGAGCCUCUCCACUGUCCACCGCCUCCUCCAGGUCCGAGAUGCCAUGUUGGGUAUCUGUCUGCAUCUGCAUGUCCUGGU